AUCCUUAUUUGUCUAUGGGUUAACCUAUAAAUUUGUUUUCAAAUCUUAAAAAAAAUUCGAAAUAUUAUUAAUUCAUUGCAAUAUUGUUCUCCAUGAAUCUUAUCAAAGUGGCCAAGGUAAAAUAGAACCAAAAUGGAUUGCGACAGUACUACUAAAAAUAAUGAUAUUUUAAUCCAGGAAAUUGUAGAGGGCUGUGCAAAGAUAAAAACAGCCGGCAAAGUCUUCUAUAAUCCUGUUCAAGAAUUCAACAGAGAUCUCAGCAUUUUAGUACUGAGAGUGUUCUCCAGAUACUUCAUAGAGGAGAAGAGCUCGUUGAAGAAAAUAAAGGAAUCUCCUACCUUCAGUAAUGAUCUACAAUCAGCAAAUCUACCAGAGAAAGGAGUUAAAUUCGAAAAUGGUAUUUCUAUUCUGGAGGCUCUUUCAGCAACUGGUCUUCGAAGUAUAAGAUAUGCUAAGGAAAUUCCUGGUAUCAAACAAAUUAUAGCAAAUGAUCUUUCUGAACAGGCUGUGGCAGACAUUAAGAGAAAUGUUGAAGAUAAUCAAGUUCUUGAUAUUGUGACUCCCAAUCAUGAUGAUGCUACGAUGUUGAUGUACAAGCAUCGCAGAGAAGGAAGAUUUGAUGUUAUAGACUUGGAUCCUUACGGAUGUCCAUCUAUUUUUCUUGACUCGGCCAUACAAGCUGUAACUGAUGGGGGUUUAUUAUUGGUAACUGCGACUGAUAUGGCUAUCUUAGCAGGAAAUUCUCCAGAAACUUGUUAUUCAAAAUAUGGUUCUGUGUCAUUGAAAAUCAAAUCUUGUCAUGAAAUGGCUGUAAGAAUCCUACUUCAGUGUAUUGAAAGCCAUGCCAAUAGGUAUUCAAGAUAUAUUGUACCACUUCUCUCAAUUUCUGCUGAUUUUUAUAUAAGGGUUUUUGUGAGGGUAUACACCAGCGCUCAUAAAUGUAAAUUUACCCUGAGCAAACUUUCCAAUGUUUUUCAUUGCACUGGCUGUGAUAGUUUCACAUUACAACCUUUAGGCUGUCUGAAAAAAAAUGAUAAACCUAACAAUUUCAAAUUUGGACUUCCCGCUGUACCUGUAGUGCCCAUGAAAUGUGAACAUUGUGGUGGAACUCAACAUAUGGGUGGUCCAAUAUGGUCAGAUCCGAUACACUCAUCAGAUUUUGUGGAAAAACUCUUACAGAACAUUUCAGAAGACUUAGGUACCUUUCGGAGAAUAGAGGGUGUUCUGAAUAUGAUAAAUGAAGAAUUACACGAUUCUCCACUAUAUUAUACACUUGACAGGCUGAGUGGAACACUUCAUACUGAAACAAUGCCGAUGCUCGCUAUAAGGUCUGCCAUUCUGAAUGCUGGAUUUAGGGUGUCUUACAGCCACAUGAACAAGACGGGGAUUAAAACCGAUGCUCCAGGAAAGGUUAUAUGGGAUAUAAUGCGUUGUUGGAUUCAAGGUCAUCCUGUUCAUGAAAAGAGGUUAAUCGGAGAGACUCCUGUGGCCAAGAUACUAUCUGUUAAACCUGAGAAGGAGUACAGCUUCAAGACUCAUCCGUUAGCUAAUCCAGACUCGAGAAAAUCUGGUCUGUUAAGAUUUCAAGAAAAUCCUCAACCUUUUUGGGGCCCUGGCACUAGAGCUCAAGCAAUGGUGGGGGAAGAUAAAAUGCAGAAGAGUAAACGAAAUCAAGGAAAAAGAAAAAGGGAAAAUUCUGAAGACACCAGUACAAGUGAAAACAUUUAAAAUAUCAUGAAAAAAAUAAAUUUUGACGUUCUUGAAUGCUGAGGAUUACAUAAUUCUUAUUUAAGGUAUGACACUUUAAAAUUCAGCUAAUGAAAUUAAUUAACUAGAGAUUAAGAAGAGACUUAUCUAUUUCAAAUAGGUAUUUUCUUAUGAAUCUUUUUGAUUUAGAAUAUUUUUAACAGACUUUGUCUUUGAGGAUUAUUCUUUCAGUAAAAAACUUCUGUAUAUUCUAAAAUUUAUUGAAAAAUGUUUUCAUACAUAAAUAAAAUAUAUUUUAGUUUUCAUUAAAA